CCUUGGAUAUUAAAGAAAAAGAAGCGCGGAAGAAAAUGAUUUAAAUACAAGGAGAGGCGGGAUGAUGUGAAGGAAAUACAUCUCAAAGAGGCUUGUGACGUCACAAGGCAACAAUGCUCUUCCGUUUGAGUGUUUUUGGCAGUUGAAGUACAUUUUCUCACAUCCUGUGUGGUGUGGUGUGGCGAUCAGGAACGGCGAUUUCGAGUAAUUUCUUCCAUAACAAAAGAUUAUUAUAAGACGUGUGAAGACAGCUUGAGGUCAGGAAUUGAAGCACGCUUUGCAGAGGAAGAAGAAUGGAAAGAGCUUCGCUUGACAAGGUCCGCCUGAAAGUUCUCAGCUUGAAACACCUCAAGCAAUUGUGACACCAUUAUGGGAAUGAGGCUAGGUUUUUGACAUGAGUGGCAAAGAAAAAACAGGAGUAGUUCACCGACCUAAUCGUGGAAGAAGUGCACCUGAUAGCAAAAGUAAAACAGAUUCUGGGUGUUUUGUGGAUGAUGAAAUUGAAAGAAAUGGUAGCAGUGACAGUUCGCAUGGAUCCAUAAGCUCCCCACCAGUGAAGGAAAAAGCUCCAAAAAAGUGUAAAGCAGCAAAUAAAGAAAGUCUGGCAAAUACUGAUACUGCAUCUUCUGUGUCAAUUGGUACUGAAACAAAUUGUGCAAGUAGCCAUGUGGCCGGCAAAGAAAAUGUCAUGAAUGGAGAGGUAAUCACAAAUGGGGAAAAUGAAACUCUAGUUACAGAAAGUGUGAAUGGAGUUUGUGAUGUUCUGGAGAAAACCAGACGAGCCAGUGAUUUUUACUGCCUUUACUACAGUGAGUCUCCAGAAGGUACCUUGACAACAAGUGAAGUUGUUAAAUUGAGAAGAAAACCACCUGUUCCUCCCAAGCCUAAGUUAAGACGGGGCAGUGCUCCCCCUUCAAGUUUCAAUCACAUUGAUAGACUUGUUACUGAAAAUAAAGACCUCACCAAGCGUUUCUCCUAUAAUGAAAGCCUAGGCGAGUACAAAGUUGUCAAUGGAGAACAUGAGGAAGGCCAGGAACAUGCAAAAUUGAACUCUGUUGAAUCACGUGUUCACUUUUUUGAAGCAAUUGCUAGAGAUGAAUCAAUUGGAGGCACUGUUUUAAAAACUGUACAGACUACAAGUGUCAAAGACUCCUCUUAUGUUUGUGGAAGCAAAGAUUUUUCCUUUGAAAGUUGCAGUGAUUCACACCCAGUUCUUAGCUGUCAUGACCAAGUUGAAAAUAUUGUGCCACCAGCAGACAAUGAGACAUUUUCCUUGGAAAGUGACAAAGAUUAUUCUGAAUCUUUUCAUGCACAUGUAGAAGCUGUACAUUCACCACAGCAGUUUGUGCCUCUUGUUGAAGAAGAAGAAUUUGCUAUUGAUGGUAGCAGUUGUUUCCAGUCCUCUGUGAACUCUUCUCUUGCCAGUGAAAAAUUCUAUGACAGUAGCAUUGAGAAUGAAAAAGCAAGGCUUGAAUGUGUCAGUGAAGAUGAAGAAGUUGACAUUCAAGGCAAGUUUGUUCCUGAUGUAGGUCAAGAUGGCGACAACGUUGCUGCUCAUGAAAUUAACCAUUCCUUCUUAGCAACAGCAGCCUCAAUACCUGAACAAAAUGUUAUGGAAAGUUGUAAAGCAAGGGGAAGUGGUCUUUUGACAACCAAGGCAUCUGGCAAUGAUGUUCAAUUCAGUGACAGUUUUUUGCCUUUGCAUGAUUUUGUGCAGAUUGAACAACCAAGAACAGUUUCAUGUGAAAAACUAUUAAAUCCACAAGUGAAUGAACUCAAACAGAAAUUGGUGAUUCGGUCAAGGUCAUGUGAUAGGAUGAAAGCACAAAGACGUCCAGGGUCAGUUGCUGGUUUACCAAACUGGGAAAAAGGUUACACUACAUCUGAGUUGAAAAGGAGAUCAUGGUCAUUCAGUGAGCCAAGUCCUGUUGAUGUUGACUCUCCUUUUGUGCGCAGAAUUUACCAAGUUCCUGCACCCAAACUGACCACGUCAUCAUGGUGUUCAGAGAGUGGUCUUUCAUACCCAUUUGUUAACUCUGUUCAGGAACCAUUGCAGAGCACUUCAACUAGAAGAAACAUUUUGCGAGGAAAAUUUGGGGAGGGUGAUCGCUAUACAGCAAGUGCAUCAAACCUGGAGUAUUCAGGUUACACCUCUGAUGAAAGGAGUGUUCAUUCGGAACCUUUAUUUCAGCCAUUGAAGUGUCGACCACAAGAUCUUCGUAGGGGCCACAUUCCUAAAAGUAUGUCACUUGAUUCCAGUAUUUGUCUCACAGACAAUGAAAGCUCCACUUUCCCCAGGGUGCAACGAAGGAGAGCAAGACAUUCCUUGGGGAGUCAAGAUCCUAUUAAUGCACUGAAGAGACAAUCUGUUGAGUUUGCCACCAAUGAACAGCCACCUUUAUUUCGACCCGUUAGUCCUGCUCAGGUGCCACAUCUAGAGAUCCUGCGACGGGCUUCAUCUUACACAAGCUCUUCAAGUGAUUCAGAAGUUGAGAAAAUCUUCAAGCCACCAAACUUUUGUACACAGGGUUACCAAUAUCCCACUAAUGGCACUGUUCAUAAUGGUUUAGUCAAUGCAGUGACUCAUCGCAAGGUCAGUGCAAUGGAGGCUCUGUUCGGCCCUCAGUCUUUAAGAAAUGGACAUAGCUCAGAUUCUGAGGUUUUUAGAAGAAAAACUCUCUCUGAAAGGUUUUCUGAAGUUUCACAAACACCACCGUCAGAAGGGAUGUUUAUCUCUGAACAACUUCAGGAAGAAGAACUUGGGGGACUAAAGGAGGGUGGAGAACCAGGACUUGAGUUUGAUGACACAGAUUACAGUGAGUUUUAUACUCGUUGUGAAGACAAAGAUAGCUUAAUUUCAGCUGAAGCACUGAGCAUAAAAAAGCUUUUACAGUCUCCACAGACAGUGUUACCUGAUCCUGAUAUUGAAUCUGUGGUGUUGUCUGUCACUGAGAGGAAGUCAUCAAAGUCAACUUCAGAAAACAAGGAACCUCGUGAGAUUCAGACUGGAUUAUGUGAAAAUGACACAGCUUGUGUUAAUGGAACUGUUUCUGAACAUGAAACAGUAGAACAAUUCUAUAGAAGACAUAGGGGUACUCAAACGCCACCCCCAGCUGUCUUCAAAGCAUUGAAUCCACCACCUUCAGUGGCAACUCAAACUCCUCCAGUGAAUUUUCAACAAGAGCUACCUUCUUCGCUGUUAAAAGAGCUAGAAUUGCAGAUCAAGACACCAACAAUAAAGAGAGUGUCUCCCACACCAUCAGAGUCACAGGAACAGAAUUUGUCCCUGCUGGGCCAAUUCCAGUCUAUUGGAUCAUCCUCUGCUGGUGUUAGCAACACAGAAAUGCUAUCACCACCUCCUCAGGAGAGUGAUAAAGCUGUCUCUGUUGAAGAGCUUCUACAGAUCUUAGCUGGUAUGCAAGUAGGCACUCCAAAAGAGACAGUACCUCGCAGACCUGUUUCUGUACAGAAUUAUAGUUGUCCAUCUCCUCAAAAUGACAAUACAUCAGAAAGACCUAACAAAACUCCAAAGAGUUUACCAAGCAGCUGGCAACAUUUAAGUCGGCCCACUGGCAAACAGAAUGACAAUGAUGGCUUCAAGAAACCUGAUCGUAUUCCACCAAGGUCUUCUAAGAGCUAUGAUUGCUUGAGGCGUGGUCAUUCUGCUAGAGAGAGGCGUGCCAAUGUGAUUACAGAAAAGACUCUGAGACGUUCUGAAAGCAGUGAAAAUAUCCGUAAAAGCCUCAGAGAAUGGAAACUAAGAGCACGAGUUUUUGAAGAGGAGGUGGAAUGUCUGGAGAACAGGGACGAUAAAUUCAAGAAAUUGAAAUGCAAGGAAGAAAAAGUUUUGAAAGUUUCUUUCAAUGGGAGUGAAUCAACAGAUAGCAUUGAAACACAGAGCAAGUUGACUAACACUCACAGCCUAAAAAGGCCACGCAAGGACAGGGCUUUUUCUCAAAAGGAGAAAAGUCAAGCCGACAGUCGCAGCCUUGAUGCAAAACAAAGUCUUUCAGCUCAAAAUACAAAGCAGGACAAGGUCACAGGAAUGGAGGCGGAACUCAGUGACAUUGAUGUAAAAGAAUCAAACAGUGACCAUGGAGGAGACUCAGGAAUUUUAGAAGUAGCCUCACCAGCUGAGGGCUUUCAGAACAGAAACCAAGGAACACUUUGCCAUGAAGUAGCUAGUCCUGAAGGUAUUGACGUGUUCAUUGACUAUAGGAAAAAGCAUGGAAUGCACAUCACAAGUACACCAAAACCCACACCGAACUCUGAACAAAAAGGGGAAGUAGGUGGAAAAAUAAAUUUUGAUGAACUUGAUGAUGCACAACCAGAAAAACCAGUCAUCACCACCACAAAGGAAGAUAAGCAUGCCAUUAGUGAUGUGGAAUCUCAAGGGGAUGCUUCAUCAUCAUCAUAUUCAUCAGAUGAUGAUCGCUUUGGAGAAUUUGGGGGCAGCACAGAAACAGUGGUCUUUGUUGACACUGAACCUUGCCCAGGGAUGUCAUUGGUGGGAACUGAUCUAGAGACUCUUGAUCUUGAUCUUGUUGGUCCAAGUGACAAACUUUUAUCUGUCAAUGAUAAUAGUAAGGAGAAGGAUGAAUCUCACCUAGAUGCUCUCUUAGGAGAAGCGCGCAGAUCUCUGAAUUUGGAAUUCAUGGACUCUGAUAUCUUGGAUAAAGCAAUUGACAGGUUUAAGAAGCGGGUUUCUCCAAGCACUCAAAACAAGGCACUGUCUGGAGGUCUAAGCAUGGAAGCUUAUGUUGCCCUCCAUCAGGCUGAUGAAUUGCAAGGAAUAAUCAGUGAAAUCAAGGGAGAGCUCAAACUGCUCCACGAUGAAAAUGAUAUGUUACGUAAAGAAGUUGUUAGUUUGGCAAAUCAACAGACUUCUGGAGAAGCGACUGAGAACAGUAGCACUGAGUCAUCUGAGAGACUGGAGAGCAUAUGCCGACUGUACAGACCCAGGCAAGUGGACACAGAUGACGAGGAACCAGUUGAAAUAGAUGUGUGUCUCAGAGGAUUUUCUGCUGCCCCUGUUGGUCAUAUUUCCUCCAAGAAAAAGGACAUCCGCUUGGGAACAGUGAUAGUAAACGGAGCAGACUGGAACGGAGUUAUGGAAGCUGCUAGGAAGACCUUUGUGGAUCACAUGAAGAAAAUCGACCCAGAGAACUACUUGUGUCUCGGAGCCCACAGCAUCCAAGGUGUUCAAACAGGAGUUGUUGUCUGGAGUCCAGGUUCUCUGCGAAGAAGUUCUCCUCGUGUAGAGUUGUCAAACAAAAACAGUCCAUGUGUUAUCGAGCUCAAAGAUGGAAGCCAUUUCUCUUGUGAUUCUCUUGUUUAUGACACUCUGCUUCCCAAAGAGAUCAUAGAGAAUUAUGUUGAACAGCUGCUGGAACACAGAUGUAUUGUUCUGUGUGGACAACAAGGGCUGGGAAAAUCUUACUUAGCCGCCAAAUUAGCAGAACAUGUCGUUCAAAGGAUUGGAUGGAAGACAUCCCCCGCUGUAGUUACCUUCAAUGUCACCCAGACAACUCGAAAAGAAUUAAAACAAGGUCUUGCCCCUCUGAUGGAGGUCGAUAUAUCUGGUUCCAAUAAGGACAGGCCAGCUGUCAUAAUACUGGAUCAGUUGAAUUGCCUGGCUUCUCUGGCUGACAUUUUCGACUUCUCACAGCUGGAGAAAAACAGCAAUUGCCCAUAUAUCAUCGGUGUUCGAGACAAAAGCAGAAAAGGACCUUUCUCUUCAAAAGAGCUGAGUCUGUGUCAUUACUUUAGGUGGCUGCGAGUGUCUGUAAACGACCGACAGUACAGCGGUGUUCUCAGCAGAUUCUUGAAGCGUAAACUCAGUUGGAGUGAAUUGGAAACCAAUGUUGAAAGUGACGAUCUGUUAGAGUUAUUUGAUUGGCUGUCAAAAGUGUGGUACCACCUGAAUGAGAUUCUGGUAGAUUUUUGCGAUUCUGACCCCACACUAGGUCCAUCACUGUUUUACUCGUGUCCAAUGGACUUCAAAGUUGCUGAGGGUUGGUUUGUUAAUGUGUGGAACUAUAAUGUGAUCCCGUAUCUACAUCAGACUCUGCGGAGUGGAAGGAAGAAUUUUGAUCGAUGUGUCAGCUGGGAGGAUCCAACAAAGUGGGUGGUACUAAGGUACCCAUGGAAUAAGGACCAUAGUAGGGUUUUUCACACGCUUCGUAAACUGCGCCAAGUAGAUGUUGUUCUCAAUAGGAACCAACUCGGUUCAGAUAGUGUUACUUUUGCUGAGUGCAUUGAAGACAAUGAGAAAAUUCUGCGCGCCCAUACCAGUGUGUCUAAAAGAGUUCGCACUGUUGUUCAAGAAAAAAUUCCAAAGGUAACGUGGUGUUCAUUUUUGAAAGCUCGCAAUUCUACGGCCACCCAUCAAAUGCACUGUAAAUAACAGCACAGCAAUGUUAAAAAUUCGAAA